UACCGUAUCACUUUACAGCAGAUUUGUUUACAAAAUAGACAUAAAAAAUAUUACAUAAAAUCUUCCAAAAACAUUAGUUUUUGAGAAUGCUUAUCUAAUUAAAUAACUCUCGAUAGUGUGAAAUUUCACGGUGUAAUCCUAUUCCGGAAAGACAAGAUUUCCCAAAAGAUGAAUAAACUCGCGGAAAAUCUUGGUCGAUUUCGUCUCGUAACCUUUGACAUAACAGACACGCUUCUGCGUUUCCGGACAUUUCCAGCUUAUCAGUAUGCAAAGGCAGCUAAGGAUUUCGGCUAUCCUAAUUUGGACCAAGCAAAACUAGCUGACAAUUUCAAUCGUCACUUCCGGCAAAUGGCAGAGAAAUACCCUAUCUUUGGGUACCAUCACUCAGAAAUUGGUGGAUGGAGAAAUUGGUGGCAAUUGCUGGUGAUCAGGGUAUUCGAGUCAUCCCAUUCUAACAUACCGUCCAGGGAUCUCGAAAAGAUCGCCAAUCAUCUGAUUCACUCCUUUGAGACGAGCGAAUGCUGGUGUCGAUGUUCUUCCGCCGAAGCUCUUGUUGGUGACAUUAAGAAAGAGGGCAAAAUCGUGGGAGUGAUCACUAAUUCUGACCCAAGGAUUAGGAGUGUGGUGAAAAAUCUUGAAUUGCCAGAAUUUGACUUCAUCACCUGCUCCUAUGACAUUGGGUACCAAAAACCUAGUCGGGAGAUCUUUGGGAAAGCCUUGAGACAGGCAGGUGUGGCUAUUACAGGAGAUGAAUCUCUGCACAUUGGCAACACACCACGGCUCGAUUUCUUGGGAGCACGCGACGCUGGAUGGACAAGUGUCCUCAUCACCAACAAUUCAGACAGUUGGCGUGAACACUCGGAUAUUGAUCCCAGGAAGACCUUUCCAACACUCAGACAAUUUCAUGUGGCUCUUAAGGACAAACGAUUGAAUUUAUGAUCUUUUUUGCCAAGAAAAUCUGGUUGAAAGUGUAAUGCUGCUCAAGUGAUAAUAGAAUUCUCUUUUACUUUUUUUUUGUAAAAAGGAGGCAAUAAAAAUUAAUUCUAGUA